GUAUUAGAAGAAGGGUUAGCAGUGGCCCGAUCGCGAAGAUUCUGCUUUCGUGGGAUCCUGUAAAGAUCGCUUCUUGAGCGCAACACGUAGCGUCUCCCUUUGGCCGCAGUGUUGUGUUUUUUAAUGAAUGGGGGCUGCAAACUCAAAGAAUGAAGAAGACAAAGCGCUUGUUCUUUGUAAAGAAAGGAAGCGGUUUGUUAGACGAGCUCUUGAUGAAAGGUGCUCGCUUGCAGCUGCUCAUGUUUCUUAUGUUCAGUCUCUCAGAAAUACUGGAAUUGCACUUCGAAAAUUUGUAGAGCCCGAAGCCCCUGCCGAGUCUUCCUUGUAUACGUCAACAUCUGCAACACCUGAGGCUUUUGCUUUUAUUCAUAAGCCUGUUUCCCACUUCUCGAACUCAUCUCCAUCUCUUUCACAGCAUGUAGAGACAGCUGAAUCAUUUUCUCCAGUACCUUCUCCCCUCUCUUCUGGAGGCCUUCAUGUAAAUCAUAUGAAAGCCAGGAAAACUUCUUACAUGACAGUUAAGGAGAAACUUCCAAUUUCAGCAACAGCUACUCAACGAACCUCAUCCACCACUCCGAAGCACCUAGUGUCGGGAUUAGAUGAAACUUCGUCCUCUGAAUCUCCCUCGACGCCCCCGCAGGCACAACCAUGGGAUUAUUUUGGUCUUUCUCAUCCUAUCGACAAAAAACUUUCCUUUCAGAACAACAGAGGAUUGAACCAUGGUUUUGAUAAUGCUGAUGAAAUUAGUUGUCUCGGGGAAGAGGAGGGAAUACCAGAAUUGGAAGAUGAAGGAGACAGAAGAGCCUCCACGAAUGAAAAGAGUGACUUGGACUCAGAAGAUGAUUUUGAUGAACCAUCAAAUGAAACCUUGGUACGAAUGUUUAAAAAUCCAAAUCUCAUUUCAGAACGUCAAUUACAAAGUGAGUAUCCAACCAGACAAUUUAUGAAAGAUAUCAUUUCUGAAGCUAAGCAUCAGAAUGGGGAUAAUAUGAAGCUCAUAAAUGGUACCUCUGAGACCUGCGAAACUCCUGAAAUGACACCAACAACAGUGGAACCUGAUGAAGUUGCAGUUCCUAUAAAUGCAAAGGCCAAAGAAUCUGAUCCACAAAUUAAACAUGACUCUAGAGAUUUUUUGUCCUGCAUGAAAGAAAUUGAAGAGCUAUUUAUGAAAGCUUCUGAAUCUGGAAGAGAGGUUCCGAGGAUGCUGGAGGCAAACAAAGUGCAAUUCCGACCUUUAUUUCCUGAAGAAAAAGCUCACAGAUCAAAGGCAUCUGCUUUGUUCACAAACUGUCUUGCUUGUUGUAAAGAAGGAACAUCUUAUCCUCAGGUAUAUGUUACAAAUGAGAUGAAGUACUUAACGUGGCAUAGGUCAAUGUCAUCACUCUCAUCAUCAUCCAGGAAUUUUCUUGGCCCAACAGUAAAAGAUGAUACAGAGGACCUGAGCAGUAGUCUCUUUGGUAACAUGUACAUGAAUUCAGGUAGCCAUGCCUCAACAUUGGAUAGGCUAUAUGCAUGGGAGAGAAAGCUUUAUGAUGAAGUUAAGGCAAGUGGUAUUAUACGGAGGGAGUAUGACAUGAAGUGUAGGCUUCUACAGCAUAAAGAGUCCAUAGGUGAAAGCCGAAUAAGUGUUGAUAAAACCCGUGCUGUUGUUAAGGACCUUCAUUCUAGAAUUCGUGUUGCAAUCCAGAGAAUUGAUUCAAUAUCAAAGAAAAUAGAGGAGAUAAGGGACAAGGAACUCCAACCACAGCUGGAGGAGUUAAUAGGAGGCCUAACUAGAAUGUGGAGAACGAUGCUUAACUAUCACAACCAUCAAUACAGCAUUAUCUUGUCGGCUAGCAACAAUGGAAGCACUAAAGUUUCAGUUCGAUCUCAAUGGCAGCAUCAGGCCACAUUUCUCGAGUUAGAGUUGAAUUCUCUGGGUUCAAAUUUCACAGAAUGGAUGUCAGCACACAAAUCCUACCUUGAAGCCAUCAAUGGGUGGCUUCUUAAGUGCAUUGUCUUGUCACUAAAGUGGAACAAGUCAUCGAGGAGGAAGCCCCCCCAACCGUUCUCCCCAAAGAGAGCCAUAGCUCCCCCCAUCUAUGUUACUUGCCGAGAUUGGUUGAAUAUACUAGACCAAUUGCCAACGAAGGAAGUGGUUUCUUCCAUAAAAGAUCUGGUAAAUGUGACGACCCAUUUCUUUCCUUGCCAAGAGAAGGGUCAUGCAACUUCAAAGUUGUCGUUCUCAUUACCGCGGAAGGCAGAACAGAAAAAACUAGGAGAACAUAUUCAGAAAAAUGAUUCGUCUGUCGACUGCAGUCUGAACUAUGACCACCUGCAAUCGGCUCUCACGAUCUUCCUUGAUAGGCUAAGGAAUUUUGCGGAGUCAUCAGUUUCAAAGUAUGAAGCUCUCCAAAAAUCCAUCGAAGAGGCUCAAGCCGCUUAUGAGAGAAGUGAGUUGAGGACAUGAAAUCUACCUCUCUCCUGCUUGAUACAAUUCCCAUCUCCAAGAAAAAGAUCAAAUUUUCCUAAAUAAGUUAGUUGGUGGUAUGGAGUAUACGUAGCAGAGCUCCCUUUGUACAUCUGUUUUGGGAAUAAAGGAGCUCUUGAUGGUGUUUAAGUAGGAUUUAAUCACACCAUCAAUGUAAAAGUGUAAUGAAACCAAGUUUAGCUGGACAUAGGAAAAUGGAAGAUGUUGCGUUAGUACUGUUCACAUGAUGUUCUCAUGGGUGAAAAACUAUCACAGUGAGAUCACCAAGUGAAAUCUGCAAUGCUUAGUUUAUCAUCAACAUGUUUGUGCUAUGGAA